UGAAUCUUACUCAAACAAUAAUGAUCAUAUAACAGAAAGUUGUGAAUUAAUUUUUCGUUAAAUCAUUAAAUAAACAUCAGACGUAUAAAUAUUACAUCUGUUUUGCUUUUUUGUUCAUUUUGUGAUUAAAUCUCGAACACCAAACAUUGUAAUUAAUUUGUGAGCCAUGCAAAAAGAUUCUGGGAAAUAUGAUAAAGAGUUUCAUGAGCUAGAAACUAAAUGGAACUCUUUUAAACGUAAACUUAAAGAAAUAGCACCGGAAGCCUUUGAACGUAAGAAUAAUGUUUUCACCCAUAUGAUUUCUGAUGGAAGAACAUCACGGGAUUUUGUUAAAAUGGCCCAAGGUACAAGGCCAAUUUUGUCCAAAGAAAUAUACGAUCUGAUGGAAAAUUUCAUGGAGUAUAUGAAAAAUUUACCAGGUCAGGAAGGGGAAAAUUAUAAAGUGAUUUAUAAGGAUUUCAAAGCUCCUCAACUUAUAAAGCGAUUGAUAAUGAAACGACCACUUGUAUUUAUCGGUGCUAAUGAUUACAACGUUCUGCGUAUAAAUCAACCAAAGAGUCAAUCAGGAAAGGUAACAUGGCAAAAGAUUGCAAAAAAUCUCGAUAAAUAUGAUGAGGAUUCACCUUACCUACGUGAAUACAUUUCGUAUGAUGAAAAUUUAUUGUCAUCACUUGUCUCAAUGUCCACUCCCACAUAUUUUGUUUCUGACGGAUCAGGUUUUCAAUCAUCUGAAAACUUCAUCCCUCAAGGAAUUCUUUGUGGUCUUGUUGGAGCCCGUUUGGAGAAAGAAAAUUUUAUGGAGCACAGAUUUCUUUUUCCACGAGACUCAAAUAAUUUAAAAUUCGACAGUGGCGUUCAUCAAUCUGAUUUAUUUUGGAUAAUCAAUGUUUAUCCAGAAGCAUUUCCUGAAGGAAAAAUUCCAGCAUUAUCAGAUAUUUAUAAAAAACAAAACAUUUAUGAUGGAAUUUAUGUCAAAGGUAUCAAUGUCAAGUAUUUGAAAAAGCGUUUGUCAUUUUCGGUUAUUCCUUUAAUUGAGGAAGGAGUAGCUCGUGGUAUUGAAUAUAAAAGUAAAGUUGUUGUCAGUGUGCCACCAAUUGGAGCGGGAGUAUGGAAGGGAGGAGCUCCUGAAGCAACGAUUUGUAAUCUCAUUGUUACUGCAGUGUUAGAUUAUCUCGAUUGCACAUUCGAACCCAAGAAACUUGAAUAUCUUUGCGCGAUUUAUUUACCGGUUGUUGAUAUGAAAAUUUAUUCUUGUUACUCGAACAAAAAUCAAAUUUUUUCAAUAGAAGUUAAUCGAAAAGAUUCUUCAAUUAAAAUCAAUUUCAAAGGAGUAACAGACAAACAAUUAACAAUAUUCAACCAAUUUCGAUAUGUUGCUCAACUUCUUCCUGAAGAAUUCAAGUCGUGUUUGAUUGUUGCUGGAUAUGCGUGGGAUGGAAAUUCUUAUCCUGGAAACGAAUAUUGGAUAGAUGGAUUAGCUUCAUUUGAUCCUCAAGCAAUACUUUGUUCAAAUCUCGGUCUUGAGAAAUAUGAUGAAGAGUUUCAUGAGCUUGAAACUAAAUGGAACUCUUUUAAAAGUAAACUUAAAGAAAUAGCGCCGAAAGUUUUUAAACGUGAAAAGAAUGUUUUCACCCAUAUGAUUUCUGAUGGAAGGACUAAACGGGAUUUUGUUAAAAUGGCUCAAGGUACAAGGCCAUUUCUUGCAAGAGAAGUUUUUAUUCUAAUGGAGAGAUUCAUGAAAUUCAUGAUGGAAUUACCAGGAAGAGAAGGAAAAAACUAUCGAGAAAUUUAUAAAGAUAUGAAGGCACCUGAUCUCGUUAAGAGACUUUUGUUUAAAAGACCAAUUGUUUUUUUUAUGAAGGACGAUCGUACCGUCAUGAGAUCUACACCAUUUAAGCUUGAAACAGUAGCCAAUAUGUGGAAAUUUGUUGCAGCAACAUUAGAAGACAAAGGGGAUAACUUUCCGUAUCUUCGUGAAUAUUUGUCAUAUGAUGAAAUUCUUCUAUCGUCACUAAUUUCAAUGUCAACUCCCACAUAUUUUGUUUCUGAUGGAUCAUUGGGGAAACCGUUUCAAACAUCUGAUGAUUUCAUUUCCCAAGGAAUUCUUUGUGGUCUUGUUGGAGCCCGUUUGGAGAAAGAAAAUUUUAUGGAGCACAGAUUUCUUUUUCCACGAGACUCAAAUAAUUUAAAAUUCGACAGUGGUGUUCAUCAAGCUGAUUUAUUUUGGAUAUUAAACGUUUAUCCAGAAGCAUUUCCUGAAGGAAAAAUUCCAGCAUUAUCAGAUGUUUAUAAAAAACAAAACAUUUAUGAUGGAAUUUAUGUCAAAGGUAUCAACGUGAAGUAUUUGAAAAAGCGUUUGUCAUUUUCGGUCAUCCCUUUAAUUGAAGAAGGAGUAGCUCGUGGUAUUGAAUAUAAAAGUAAAGUUGUUGUCAGUGUGCCACCAAUUGGAGCGGGAGUAUGGAAAGGAACAGUUCCUGAAGCAACGAUUUGUAAUCUCAUUGUUACUGCAGUAUUAGAUUAUCUCGAUAGCACAUUCGAUCCCAAGAAACUUGAAUAUCUGUGCGCGAUUUAUUUACCAGUUGUUGAUAUGAAAAUUUAUUCUUGUUACUCGAACAAAAAUCAAAUUUCUUCAAUAGAAGUUAAUCGAAAAGAUUCUUCAAUUCAAAUUAAUUUCAAAGGAAUAGCAGACAAACAAUUAACAAUAUUCAACCAAUUUCGGUAUGUUGCUCAAUUACUUCCUGAAGAAUUCAAGUCGUGUUUGAUUGUUGCUGCAUAUGCAUGGGAUGGGAAUUCUUAUCCUGGAAACGAAUAUUGGAUAGACUAUCUGACAUCAUUUGAUCCUCAAGCAAUACUUUGUUCAAAUCUCGGUCAGUUCCAGAAUCCAGAAGUUAAUACAAAAUUAGCAGAUGCACAUAGAAUUAAAACUUAUUAG